AUGGCAUCAAGAGGAUCACACUCCAUCAACUCCAUCUUCUUCAAGCCGAUGGUAAGAAAAUCGUACCACCGGAAAAGCUCAAAUUCCAGGGGAGAUGCAGCGCGGGAGGCCGGGAAACCAGAAGCAGAGGAAACCAAAAGGAACUGCGGCGGCGGCGAGAGCAGCAGCUGGGUUCCUCAUCCUCGAACGGGAAUUUACUACCCGCAGGGACAUGAAAAAGUUAUGGAAGACGUGCCUGCGGCUGCUGCUAAAGAUUUUCCUGUUCAUUGGCUUUCCCAUCGCCAUUAA